AUGGAGCAGAGACGCUCUCCACAGCCCCACGCACACGGAGACAAGAAGCCAUUCAAUUGCUCUGUGUGUGGGAAGGCAUUUGCACGGCAAUCAAGUCUUCAGAGACACCAGAGAACACACACGGGCGAGAAGCCAUUCCUGUGUCCUGUGUGUGGGAAGGCAUUUGCACGGUCAUCAACUCUUCAAACUCAUCAGAGAAUGCACACGGGCGAGAAGCCAUUCCUGUGCCCUGUGUGCGGGAAGGCAUUUGCACGGUCGUCAACUCUUCAAACUCAUCAGAGAACGCACACGGGCGAGAAGCCAUUCCUGUGCCCUGUGUGUGGGAAGGCAUUUGCACGGUCAUCAACUCUUCAAACUCAUCAGAGAACGCACACGGGCGAGAAGCCAUUCCUGUGUCCUGUGUGUGGGAAGGCAUUUGCACGGUCAUCAACUCUUCAAACUCAUCAGAGAAUGCACACGGGCGAGAAGCCAUUCCUGUGCCCUGUGUGUGGGAAGGCAUUUGCAGACUCAUCAACUCUUCAUAGUCAUCAGAGAACACACACGGGCGAGAAGCCAUUCCUGUGCCCUGUGUGUGGGAAGGCAUUUGCAGACUUAUCAACUCUUAAUAGUCAUCAGAGAACACACACGGGCGAGAAGCCAUUCCUGUGCUCUGUGUGUGGGAAGAAAUUUGCACAC